GCUCGAUGAUCCGCUCCAAUUUGUAGAUUUCAUUCCUCCAAAGCAUCACCUUCGACAUACCGAUCUUUGCCUGUCACAAUCAACCACCACCAAAAUGCAGUUCACAACCCUUUUCCUCAGCCUGCUCGUCGGCUCCGUCGCCGCCCAGAGCGUGUGCUACGACAACUUUGACUGCCUCCUCAACGGUGGUGGCUCAUGUGUCAAGCCUGCUGGCAAGAUUCUCGGUACUUGCUCCGGCAAGGUUACCACCACCGCUAAGACCACCGCAAAGACCACCGCGAAGACCACUGUCGUCCCUGUUCCCUCAUCGGCCGCCGUCUCCCGCGCUCCCACCACCGUCAAGACCGCCACUGCCAAGACCACCACCGCCGCCGCUCCCUCUGCCACUGGCUCAGUCUGCUUUGACGACGGUGACUGCCUCCUCAAGGGCGGCAAGUGCGUCAAGACCGGUCUCCUCGGCAAAUGCUCCAAGUAAAUUUAGAUUGGCCGUGGAUGCAUCAUGGCGGUGUGAUGAGAUUGAGGAAACUCCACGAAGCUUGAAAGAGCUGUGUCUUAUGUGCUCAUGAUUUACGCUGGAUAUCUUGCUCGACAGUCACCGUGUCUACAGACUAGGCAUGGACUGUGAUAUUUUAUAUACCCCAUCUUACAUUACAAAAGAGCUUUGGCCAUGGGUUUGAAGAAACGAACUUUUUGUGCUUCC